AUAACUAAUGGAGAUACUUAGAUUAUAAAGAACUCUCAUUAGAGUUGAUGGCUACUCCUUCAUAUGUUGCUGCUAUUUUUCAGGAUCUUGUUACUGGUAGUGCACAUUGUGCCCUAGCAGGUUAUUGGUCAAAAAAGCUGGGGAAAUGUGAUUUCGUUGCAUAUCAGGAAUCAGCUCGAGGUGGCAUACUGAACCUCCAUUUAGAUGAAAAGAUUCAGAGAGUACUACUUCGGGGGAAAGCCGUCACUGUAAUGGAAGGUUCUCUCUUGGUUUAACUAGUAAUUGCCCCCAUCUUGGCUUGCAUGAAUCAAUUGAAAUAGAAGGCUGUUAAUGUUUGGAUGGCUCACUUUGAAUUUUGACUGACGCUUUUGCCGUCAAACUUAAUUUUACUCCUUGUAAGUUUUGUACUAGAGGUCUUCUGUAAAAUUACAUUUGGCACUAUUAUUCGACAUAAAUUUAUAUCUUUGCUAUCUAUAAUGGAAAUUCUCUUUCUUGGUCACUUUGACUAUUAGAACAAAACCUAUGUAACUGAUGCAAAAUUCUAAU